CAAGAAAUACAGAAAGUAAGACAAGCAUUGUUUGAGAAGGAAAGAGAGCUUGAAAGACUCAAAGAGAGGUAAGAAGAGCAGUCAAUGUAUUUUGUAGUUCAACUUUAAGGGAUGGAAAACAAAAUUCUUCAUACUGCAAUUUGCAACGCUUUGCACGAUAUUUCAGUCACUCUCUCGGUUUUUUUUUUGAAACUCACUAACGUAGAGAUGCUGUCGCUUGAAAAAUUGUAAUCGAUCUUCAUAGCGCUUUUCAGGCUACACCAUCACGAUAUAAUUAUUAAAAAGGUAGGAUUACGAAAUAGUUAAGAAGAAAAAAGGUUUGUCCACUUAUGGUUAAGUAUGGUUAUAAAAAUAUGGACGACUACUCAAAACAGAAACGCCAAAAAAAACAACAACAACAACAAACAAACGAAAAGGAGAAGAUUUGAUAUAUUGUCCCUUAAGGGCGAAAAAAUAUCUCUGAGCCCAGGUUAAUUUGCGUAUUGAUUGCUUUGCUUAUUUCAGACAUGCUGCAAUUGCUGAGAGAAGAGUGAGAUCCGAUCAAAGAAAAUCAGAAAAUACCCAAAGCACUAAUAGGCAGUCCCAACUUGAAAGUGAAUAUGUUUCUGAAUUCAAGGACGGUGCUCGCGUUGAUGCGGUGGAGGUUAUAACUAAGAGAGCUUCGCGUUUUGAAACGAAGCGGUCAGUAUCUGAUUAUUUAAAGUUUUGCAGAUUAGCCUGCUUCAUAUUUGAGGUAAGAGGUCUUUGGUAUACUAAUGUAUUAGUUUACCAUUGCUUUCGUUUUGAUUCUUUGAUUGGCUUUUUAAAAUUUGGGGGCAAGAUUAAACCCUAUAAUCUACACGCCACGACACUGCAGGAAUCGAGUUUGUGAGGUCAUUAAAACUAGUCACCAUAUUGUGCGCGAUCUUGGAUUGUGUGGAAAUGUAGAUUUAUAGAAAUGAAUAAUUUUCUAAGCAUAUUUACACUUUAGGCCUCAAAUGAGCUACAACAAAACCCUAUUCCGCUGUUGCCACGGGGAGCAUAGGAGCUAUCAGGUUUAACCUUGAUUUCAGAUUAUUUCGCGUUGGCCACUGUAAAAAUAAACGUGACUGAUUGCAGCGUCAUUUGAUGAGUUUAGUUUGUACAAAGCAGCUAGUAUUAGCUUUACAUUUAGAAUGCUACAGCAAACGGCAAAGGUUAAUUUAUACCGCGCGUUCAAGUUUUCCCUUAACAUGUCAUUUACUGAUCAUUAUAUUGUUAACAUCUGCACCAAUUCCUCAUAACAUUUGGGAUAUUACAUUAAGCUGUUUCGAUACAGUUUUUCAGAGGCCAUACCGAUAUCUUUCAAACGCUUUAAAAGCGACUUUUUCCUUGUCUGAUCGCUAUAGAAUUUUCACCAGUAACUGGCUAUGGAUUGAAAAUUGUGAAAAUCGAUAUUACGAAGACGACAAUAGACAAAAAACUUUGAAAUUGAUAAAAGCCGAAUUUUGUGUGACCUAGACCAGCUACUGAAAAUCUAACACUAGGAACUUAAAGUUUGUUGUCUAGCAAACAGCCUCCGUAAGAAGUAAAAAAUUCCGUAUGUUUGAAUUCGAUUCAGAAUGGAGACGAAAACUGACCGCGCUAGUUAACAAGGCUUUUCUUGCAACAAAAUGUACAGUAGUAUGAGUAACUAAAAACUUGUAUUUUUAACCUUUUCUUCAGACUGCGUACGAGUGUGCCUUGAAAGCGAAAAUAUCUUUUGAGAAAGUUACGGCUGCCGCUCUGGAAAUCUUAUCAUCGAACGCUCCUGCAAUUGGACUUGACAGAAAUGAACUCCAGAACCAGGUGCUUUUUUUCUGUCUUUUGGUCCCUCUGUUCCUAUGUUAUAAACGCAAGGGACGAAAAUAUGUAAAACACAGUACCAAAACAAAGACGAACAACAACAUACCAUCAAAACAGGAAAAAUAAGGAAAACAAAUAAAACAUAUUAAAACGUUCAAGGAAUAUCUGGAUUUUUCCUCAGUCGCUGGCAAAGGCGAUUCAGAGAAAUAAAAUCAGCGACGAAUCCAUGACCUUCUAGCAGGCAUUUUCGUUGCAACAUUAAGUGCUCUACAUCUGUUAAGAAACAAAAAAAAAAGGUAUUAUAUUAAAAACAUAUGCAAUAUGGGGAGUACAGCUAAAAUUACAUUAGGUCAUUAUCAUUCCUUCAAGUUAAUAGAAACGCCCAGAAAAUAUCGAGAAUUCUUCCCGACUUUAUUUGUAAGAGCAACCAAUUUUCAGCAGACGCGUACAGUUACCAUAUUUGGAGAGUAUGGUAUAAUAUACAACUAUCCCCCGAAGGGGAGGUGAAUAUACACCUAUUUCAAUUAAAGUUGCUCCCGUCAACCAUGUUUCAUAGCCUGCAGUGCACUAUGGUAAACCCUUUUGUAGCGGGAAGUUUAGUCUUGUUCACGUUCAUUGAAAUAAUGGAGACCAUUUGUGAAAAGGCGUUCAAGAGAGCAUGAGCGAGCUGAAAAAUUUUCGUAGUAAAAAAUUAGAAGCCUCUUCUUUUAACAACAUUAAAUGAAUAGGCUUUUACCGCCUGAUUAAACUGCGUUUUUACAUAGGCCAGAAUGCUAGUUAUUUCAAUAAAGCAAAUCAACGCUGUUCUUUUUUUAUUCAGUUUUAAGAAAAUUUGCUCAAUAAUAGAUUAACAUGUAACGUGAAGUUAUUUAUUGUUGUUCAACAAAAGCCUUAAAUUUGAUUUUUUUAAACUCCAUCCAAAAUUCCCACGUGCACGAGCCAAGCAAACUCGUUGAAAAUUUGCAGGAUUUGCAUAUUACCACAGAGAAAAACCAUUGGAGUUUAGUGACAGAAUUUACUUUUUCGGAUCCUAUGUCACAAAACUUUAUGUAACAGAAUUGCAAGACGACUGUAUCGUAUCUUCGCAGUCGUCGCAAACGAAAGAUCCAAAGAUCCGAGAAACGCUGUACAUAAUUUACUAGACUUGCUACAAUAAUGCACCGUGGGCUAUGAAACAUGGAUCAUGCAUCAUUCUUCUCUGAAGCAACCUUAAUUGAAAUAGGUGUAUAUAUCUAGCGCUAUGAACCGACCCUGAGGGGGUAGUUGUUUUAGUAUUUACCAAAUCAGUUGGAUAAAAAUCAAAAAGGAACUUUUUGUAUAUAAAAGAUGUCUCUUAGUUAGAGCUUGGUUACUUUGCAAUUGACAGUGUUUCGGGCAUCAUUUUCUAUGAUUUUGUUGCAUAUUCAGUAAGAAAACUUUUUCUACCGACCAGUAAACACCGACAAGCCAAAUUUUGUCUCUUUAUUGGUAUUUGGUUGUGCAGCUAGGGAUAUUCCGAGAUACGGAAGCCAAUCAAAACGCGCGAAAAUCGCUAUCCACUGAUUUGGUGAAUACUUAUAACGGCUCAUAUACCAUGAUAGACAAGCCAAUCAGAGCUCCUGAAUUGCAUUAUCCAAUGAUUCAGUUUUAAAAAAUUAUUAUUAUUAUUAUUAUUUCACGGCGAUAUUAAAUUGUUCCAUAAAGAUAUUUCAGCCUACUAUUCUAACUUUCCUUUUCUCCAAUUUCGUAGCUUCGCUACUUGCGUACAUACCCUGAAGAUGGACAUAAAUCUCAAGAUGCGCUAUCUGAGGUUAUGAUUCUUGUCAAAGAAGAAGCAAAGACGCAUAACCUAUAUUUGCUUGUGGAUGUAAGUUAAUUAUCUUACAUGGAACGUGUGUUUUUAGUAUAUUUAAUAACUGGCGAUGCGCUUUGAACAAGAUGUUGUAAUUCCAGUGGAGGUCCAGUCUGUUACUUUGGACAAGCUUUCCAGAAAAAAACGUAUGUGUGCAGUGGAAUGGAGAUGAAGCGUGUGAUCAGUGGAAUUGUUCGGGAAAAGUAGAGGUCGGGAAGGGGGUGGUUAGGAAUAAGAGUUAGAACUAAGAAUCGAUGCUGGUAGUGCAUUCAAAGAGGUCGACCUUAAUUACGCUGCGACUUAAAUGACGACAGUGCCUGUAAACACAUCACCGAAGACUUCUUGGAUGGUGCCAUCUUACGAUAUUUCCGCCCGAGAUACUGAAGUAUCAGUAAUCAAACGAGUGAGAACAUCGAUGUUUGAGGAACAAUCUUCUAUUUCAAUUAUUAAAAUCUACUUAAUCACUGCAAUCCAUGCAGUGUUUCGUACCACACGGUGAAAUAGAAGAGGAAUCGUCAAAAUCUCUUUAAAAAGUAUUGAUUAAAACAUGGUAGCUUUCAUUUAACCCUUUUUUCUUUUCGAGAAAAUACAGGAAUUUUAAGUAAACUGUUUGCUAAAGCUGUAAUUAACAAUUGAAUUAGUAUGUGUAAUCUAUUGGUGACGAGUGAAAUUAGGGAAUAAAAUUUCAUGCACGUUUUGUCAAAAUUCUAAUAAUUGCCCUCGCAUUCAUGCGAAAUUUAAUAAUUCCCUAAUAAUUUGACGAUUAUAUCAUUUGAUGACCUAUUAAUAUCAUGGGCGACAAAUUACGCCCAUAAUCGUUGGUUUUCGACAAUUAAGUUUAUCGUAUCGAUUGGGAACUCAUCAUCUCACUGAAAAGCUAAGAGCUUAAAUUUUGCCUUCAGUUCAGAUUUUUCAGAAUUUUUCGACAAAAUACCUUCUUGGUGUGUUCUUUCGUGUGUUCACAUGAAAAUUAAGGAUAAGUAAUUUGUUACCCAUAAUAUUACCACCUUUAUACUACUACAUGAGAAAUUUGAGCAAUUUGAUUGGCUUAGAGCAGUGAUAUUUUAGCUUAAUUUGGAAUACCUACAUGUAAAAAUUACAAAACCUUUGCGGGUAGUAGUAUAAAGAAAUAAUAGCAUGAUUUGUACGUGAUAUUUGGCAUAAAUACCUCUCGUAAUAUUUCAAAAUUGUCUCAAAUUUCACUCCCCUAACGGCUCGUGAAAUUACGUAUAACAAUUUCGAAAAACCACUCGUGGUAUUUACGCCAAAUAUCACUACCUAUACUUAUUUGAAGCAUUUAAUUAUUUAUACUUAGCCCGACCACAACAAUACCAUCGUUAGCGCUCUUAGUUCCUAAUGCUUCGUUUGCAUAAACAAAUGAGAUUCUGAAUCAUCAUUCUAGGAAGUCAAAAGAGCAAUAGAGAAAAAGUGGAGACGGGAUAAUGGCAUACUUCCCAGUUAUAAUUCCACUGUUAUAUUCAGCUUGGAUGACUACAUAAAGUAUUGCACAAAAUUUUCUUGGUGUAUGGUGUCCCAAGUUCCUCCUUUGGAAAUUGAAUACAAGGACGAAGUUUUCAACUCUAGAACGCACGUUCUGAGCCAAGCAUUCAGUUUUCGAGAGGACCAUGGCCCGGCCCAUCACCAGAGGCAUCCAACAGCCCGUCGGACUAUUGUGUGCUACCUAUGGCCUACUCUACAGGAUUGCGAAAAAAAGGUCUUAGCAAAAGGAGAGGUGAUCUUGAGCCAGAGAUAG